GGAACCUCACUCCACACCCUCGCCCACCGCUUCCCAAUUCCUCCCACCCCCUGAUCCCCCACCGCCCACCGCCCCACCCCUCAUCUCCGGCCGCCGGCGAUGCGGGGCGCCGACCUCAUCAACCCGGCGCUCCCCGACGAGCUCCUCGACGACGUGAUCCGCCGCGUCGGCGCGGGGCCCGGCGGCGGCAAGCGCGACCUCGACGCCUGCGCGCUCGUCUGCCGCCGCUGGCGCCGCCUCGAGCGCGCCUCCCGCCGCUCCGCGCGGCUCGCGGCGUCCGGGGAGCGCGCCGACGAGGUGCUCCGACUCGUCGCCGAGCGCUUCCCGGCGCUCGCCGACGUGUCGGUGGACGAGCGCCUCACCGCCGCGGGCGUCGUCGGCGCCGUGCCCAGGUCGCGCCGCCCGCGCCAGGCACGCCCGGUGCAUAGAACUAGCCCAUUUCGGCGCAGGAGGAGGCUUCCCGUCGCAUCAAGUGCUGUUCAUAUAGCCCCAUUCCCUUUGGACCAGCCAGCCAUUGAUGAUGGAUCAGAGCGCAGCUGUUUGACUGAUGUCGGCUUGGCACAUCUCGCAAGGGGUUGCAGAGGGCUUGAGAAAUUAAGUCUAAUAUGGUGUUCUGCCAUAUCCUCAACAGGGUUGGUGAGGAUAGCGGAGAACUGCAAGAAUUUGACUUCUUUGGAGCUUCAGGCUUGCUAUAUUGGAGAUCCAGGACUCAUUGCUAUUGGGGAAGGAUGCAAGCUACUUAAGAAUUUAAACAUGCGAUUUGUUGAAGGCACCACAGAUGAAGGCUUGAUUGGAUUAGUAAAGAGCUGUGGGCAAUCACUGGUCUCUCUUUCUGUUGCAACUUGUGUUUGGUUGACUGAUGCAUCGUUGAGUGCUGUUGGAUCCCACUGCCCUAACCUAGAAAUCCUGUCAGUGGAAUCAGAUCGUAUUCGAGACGACGGAGUGAUAUCUAUUGCUAAAGGUUGCCGACAGUUAAAAAAGUUAAAGCUACAAUGUAUUGGUGCUGGGGAUGAGGCCCUAGAUGCUAUUGGCUUAUUUUGUUCGCUUUUAGAAAGCUUGUCGCUCAACAACUUUGAACGAUUUACAGACAGGAGCCUUUCUUCCAUUGCGAAAGGGUGCAAGAAUCUAACAGAUCUUGUUCUCAAUGACUGCCAGUUACUAACUGACAGCAGCCUUGAAUUUGUAGCUCGUAACUGCAAAAAGUUAGCACAGUUGAAGAUCAAUGGUUGUCAGAACAUGGAAACUGCUGCAUUGGAGCAUAUUGGACGAUGGUGUCCGGGCCUUUUGGAGCUCUCUCUAAUUUUUUGCCCAAGGAUCCAAGAUAGCGCAUUUCUGGAGAUUGGUAGAGGCUGCUCCCUUCUCAGGACUCUUUAUUUGGUUGACUGUUCAAGAAUAAGUGACGGUGCCUUGUGCCACAUAGCUCAAGGCUGUAAGAACUUAACAGAACUUUCUAUUCGGCGUGGUUAUGAGAUAGGAGACAAAGCAUUGAUAUCUGUUGCUGAGAAUUGUAAAUCUCUUAGAGAGUUAACACUGCAAUUUUGUGAGAGGGUAUCUGAUGCUGGGCUGUUUGCAAUCGCAGAAAACUGCUCUCUGCACAAGUUAAACUUGUGUGGGUGCACGCUAAUUACUGAUAGUGGGCUGACUGCAAUUGCCAGAGGAUGCCCUGAUCUAGUCUUCCUGGAUAUAAGUGUUCUCCGGGUCGUAGGUGACAUAGCACUUGCUGAGAUAGGCGAAGGCUGCCCCAAGCUCAAAGAAAUCGCGCUCUCCCACUGCCCUGAGGUGACUGACGUCGGUCUGGGCCAUCUAGCCAGAGGGUGCCUGCAGGUGGAGUCAUGCCAGAUGGUCUACUGCCGGCAGAUCACCAGCGCUGGUGUGGCAACCAUCAUCUCAGGCUGCUCCAGGCUGAAGAAGCUCCUCGUCGAGGAGUGGAAGGUGAGCGAGAGGACCCGGCGGAGAGCAGGACCCGUCUUGUCCUUCCUCUGUACCGGGCUUUAGGUUCGGAAUGGAAAUAAAUCUGUGUGCAGUAUCAACUCCCUACCGGAAAAAGCUUGCAUUGUGUUGUGUUGCUGUGCUGUAUACAAUAGCAUCUUUACCUCAAAAAGUGUUGUAUGAACUUUUUACUCACAAGUGUUGCACAGAAUAAAAUUGCUGUACCAACUAUUUACCCAGAAAAUAAAACCAGAUGAAUAAACUGGUAUGACCUCCAUUGUACACUGAAUAGUUAAAUGAAAGUUUUGAAGCUUUGAUGGGAUUUUUA